GAUUGAAGAUCGAUGUUGUCUAUAUAGCUGUAGCCGGCGAAGGACUUUCGAUUGUAACGUUGAAUCUACACCGUCGGAUGUUGCGACUUUGACUGAUCGAGAUUGGAGAUUCAUAGCCGGCGAUGGGGCAUUGCUGCAGCAAAGACAUUUCCGUGGUGAAAGAUGACACGGUCGCCGGCGAGUCUGCCGCCGGCAUCGGAGGGAAACCAGCAGCGCCGCUGCGUCUGGUCGGAAAUGGUGCGGUUGACGUUAAGAGGACUCCAGCUCACUCCUUCAACAGCCCUUGCCCUAGCCCGUACCCUCAGGGGAGUAGUCCUCUGCCUCCCGGAAUUGCUCCUUCGCCGGCGAGGACUCCCCGUAGUAGAGUCCGGUGGCCGUUCCCGCCGCCUUCGCCGGCAAAGCCGAUCAUGUCGUCGAUACUGAAGCGGCGAGGGUCGGCGAAGCCGAAGGAGGGGCCGAUACCGGAGGAAGGCGCCGGAGAAGGCGAAACGCAGCUGGAUAAGAGUUUCGGAUAUGCGAAGAACUUUUCGUCGAAGUUUGAAUUGGGAAAGGAGGUUGGGCGAGGGCACUUUGGACAUACUUGUUGGGCUAGGGGCAAAAAAGGUGAGCUCAAAGGUCAAACGGUGGCUGUGAAAAUCAUCUCCAAAGCUAAGAUGACAACAGCAAUAGCGAUUGAAGAUGUUCGUAGGGAGGUGAAAAUUUUAAAAGCUUUGUCUGUGCAUAAGAAUUUGGUCAAAUUUCACGAUGCAUGUGAAGAUGCCAGUAAUGUCUACAUAAUCAUGGAAUUAUGUGAAGGUGGAGAACUACUAGACAGGAUUUUAUCAAGAGGUGGAAGAUACAGAGAAGAAGAUGCUAAAGCUAUUGUUGUGCAAAUUCUAAAUGUGGUUGCCUUUUGUCAUCUCCAAGGUGUUGUGCACCGUGAUCUAAAACCAGAGAAUUUUCUUUUUACCACAAGGGAUGAGGAUGCUCCGAUGAAGGUUAUUGAUUUUGGUCUUUCUGAUUUUAUUAGAACAGAUCAACGUCUCAAUGAUAUUGUUGGAAGUGCAUACUAUGUUGCACCCGAAGUACUCCACAGAUCCUACAAUCUUGAAGCUGAUGUUUGGAGCAUUGGCGUGAUAACAUAUAUAUUGUUAUGUGGAAGCCGGCCUUUCUGGGCACGAACUGAAUCAGGAAUUUUUCGUUCCGUUUUAAGAGCUGAUCCUAACUUUGAUGAUUUACCUUGGCCAGCGGUAUCACCAGAAGCCAAAGAUUUUGUAAAAAGGCUUCUGAACAAGGAUUACAGGAAAAGAAUGACUGCUGCCCAAGCUCUAACUCACCCAUGGUUGCGGGAUGAAAACCAUGCUGUGCCUCUUGAUAUUCUGGUCUACAAGUUGGUCAAAUCAUAUGUUCGUGUCUCACCUUUCAAGCGUGCGGCACUAAAGGCUCUCUCAAAAGCUCUGACCGAGGAUGAGCUUGUGUACCUGAGGGCUCAGUUUAGGCUAUUGGAACCAAAAAAUGGCCGUGUCUCUCUUGAGAAUUUUAAAAUGGCUCUCAUGAGAAAUGCAACUGAUGCCAUGAAAGAAUCCAGGGUGGCUGACAUUUUAAAUAUGAUGGAAUCACUCUCUUUUAAGAAAAUGGAUUUUGAAGAGUUCUGUGCUGCUGCAAUAAGCCCGCACCAGCUUGAGGCUCUUCAAGGGUGGGAGAAGAUUGCUACUACAGGUUUUGAGUUUUUUGAACAGGAAGGAAACCGAGUAACCACGGUUGAGGAAUUGGCACGGGAAAUGAACGUGGGCCCUGCAGCAUACUCUGCGUUCAAUGGUUGGAUCAGAAGUUCCGAUGGAAAACUCAGCUUCCUUGGAUUUACCAAAUUUUUGCAUGGCAGUGUGUCGCGUCCUAUUACAAGACAGCAACAGCAUGUCUAGCCAUGUGCGUACAAUCGUUUACAGAAUCUUCAUUGUAAGUGCUUGUAAUUUUCUUUUCUUAGAAUUGCAGAAAAGGGUUUAAAAGUUAAUGUGUAGAUGGGAUUCAGAUAUUGAGAUUCUGGAGACGUGUCCCCCCAGUGCUCUGAAUUUUACCCUCAAAGACAUUCUCAGGAUUUUGUCACUGACUCUCUUUGUAAAAAUGAAUGUGUGUACAGAACCAGAUGUUGAGUUUCUUGAAGCAAUAUAGAUUUAGAAGUCUUGCAUUCUUGUCUA